AUCGAGAUCGAAAGCAAUCACCAUUCAAAUCCGAAGCAAUAUUGAUAACAAGUCAAGAUGUUCAAAUACGCCACUAUCCUUUUGGUUGCCGUUGCAGCUGUGCACGCUCAAGAACCUAUGGAAUCUGAUAUUAUGUUGCCCUACCCCGAAGAGAGCGAUACAAUGGGCAGUGACAUGCGUCGUCGAUUUGCCGAUCUUGAAGACUUGGAUAUUGAGAUGGCCGAUCUAGAGAUGGAGGCAGAAGAGGUACAAGCACCGAGGAUCGAACUAGUGAAGAACACGGAUAUAGAUGCCUUGAAGACGCGGGUAGACAAUCUCGCCGAUAGCGCCGAGGCUUAUGCUGGUUAUUCUUUCGUGGCGGGACUUGCGCUUGGUGCGGCUGUUACAGGAAGUGUGGCGAUAGCGACUUCAUGUAUCUAUAGUCGACAAAGUACGAAGAAUGAGGAUUUUAGACUAGCGUAGAUGAUACGUUUAACAAUUUUAACUAUCAGAUCGUGUACAUAUUUCUAUAAGCGCCAGCGAAAUUCCGCUCACAUCACCAUCAUCAUCCAUUGUACAAAUUGUAGGAAAUCGGCAGGGUUGCAAUAAAAAUGCUGCAUAUAUAAUCCGGACAUUCGAA